AUGCACCGCUAAGUUCAGGACAACCAGCAGAGCACUGUCUUAAAGCCCGAGCAAAGAAACGGUGCCAAACAGUCGGAGUCCACCUUGAAUCAGAGACACCCGAUUAGAAAAAAGAUAACGUUUGAUAAGAAGGAGAUAGGUUACUUCAGACAGAUUGGUAGCUUUUGAGUUCGAAGCAAGAACCAAAGUUCGUCCCAGGGGAGGUACGUUCAGGUGAGGACAGCUAAUUUCUGUCAGGGAGGAAUUCAUUCAGUGUGCUGGAGAUGGAUCCGCUCGCUCAGAUCCGUUCAAAAUUUACAUUCCAGAGGAAGAACAUGGAAAAAUCUCACCUGGUGCGGGAUAAAACAAGCAAGGACCUUUCCUUCCCCAGGAAUAGCUCAUCGUGCCAACUUCCAAAUCUGGAACAGGAGAUAAGCUUACCAUCUGAGAGUGUCUGCGAGUCCAAUGGGGUCUUCCAUUGUCACUGCAAUAAAAAGGCUCACGAACAGAAGCAAAUAGAGCAAUGUCAAGCUAAGAAGAAGCUGUGGAUAGCUUUGGUCAUCUGUCUAACAUUUAUGAUUGGAGAACUGGCUGGUGGCUAUCUAGCAGGGAGCUUGGCUGUUAUGACCGAUGCAGCACAUCUUUUAGCAGAUGUCACAAGUUUUCUGAUUAGCCUGUGUUCAUUAUGGUUAUCAUCAAGACCGGCCACAAAGAAAUUAAACUUUGGAUGGUACAGAGCAGAAAUUCUUGGUGCACUGUUCUCAGUGAUCACAAUUUGGCUUGUAACAGGAGUGUUGGUCUACCUCGCUUGUGUAAGAUUGGUUCGUGCUGAUUAUGAAAUUGAUGGAUUGGUGAUGGUUAUAACAUCUACCUUUGCAGUGGUGGCAAAUGUAAUAAUGGGAUUGGCACUUCAUCAGGGUGGUCAUGGUCACAACCACAGUGCAACUUGUAUCGAGCAUUCAGCGGAAGCUUUUCACAGCCAUCAGCCAAAUGCCAGCAUUCAAGCUGCUUUUAUCCAUGUCGUGGGAGAUUUCUUACAAAGCCUGAGUGUGCUAAUUAGUGCCCUUAUAAUUUUUUUCAAGCCUGAAUUCAAAGUAGCUGAUCCUAUCUGCACAUUUAUUUUCUCUGUGUUUGUUUUGGGAACAACAAUCACUGUUCUGCGAGAUAUUUUGUUGGUGUUGAUGGAAGGUGCACCAGCUGGACUGAAUUAUAAUGUGGUGAGGGAAAAGAUUCUUGCAGUUAAUGGAGUGAAAACAAUGCACAGCCUUCAUCUCUGGGCUCUUACCUUGAGCCAGGUUGUUAUCUCAGCUCAUGUUGCUACAGAUGAUCAGGUGAAUCCUCAACAAGUACUUAAGGAAAUUACACAGAUGAUUUUUGACACCUUCACUGUUCAUUCUAUCACAAUUCAAGUAGAACGAUAUUCUGAUCAAGAACAAAUGUGCCUAUUUUGUCAGGAACCCAAAGAUUAAAGCUGCUUAAUAUACAAAAUCCAUUUUCAUUGGCUUGAACUAUGUUUUG